GUACUGCUUGCACUAUCCGUACGUACUAUCCGUACUGGGAGCCGGGGGAGCUGGAGCUGCCAACGUAGGGCGCGGAAUUCAGUCCGUAAAGCUUCGUCUGCCUGCCCCCAGAACCCCAUCAACACCACCACUGCGACCCACGACACAACCUUACACAGACGAGGCAGUCGGUCAGACCUACCAAGCCUCGAGAGGAGAGGCUGGGCACACAAGAGCAGCUCAGUUGACGGGCUCACGGCCCUCGGCCAACGGCCCACGUGCACGAUGGACGCUGUCGACGCCACCGACCACUACGAGAUCUACGCCACCGAGGAGACGCCCUCGCUCUGUGCAGUCGUCAUCGACACGAACCCACGCGCCUGGGCGGCCCUGAAGCGCGACCUGCCCAUCUCCAAGGCCCUCGCCAACAUCCUCGUCUUCAUCAACUCCCACCUCGCCUUCAGCAGCACCAACCAGGUUGCGCUGAUCGCCUCGCACACCAACCGCGCAGUAUGGCUCUACCCGCCACGUCCAAAGCCCAGGGAGGCACGGCCUCGAGGGAACGGCCAGCAUGACGGAGACGUCGAGAUGGCAGACGCCGCUCCCACGUCAAUACCGCCGCCCAAGAAGCGCAAUGCCAAUGCCGCCAACAAGUACCCCCAGUUCGCCCAGAUCGAGUCCUCAAUCGUCGCCUCCCUGCGCGAGCUCAUGUCCUCCACCACCGAGGCCGACCUGCAGGCCACCACCACCACCCAGAUCUCGGGCGCCCUGACCCUCGCCCUGUCGCACAUCAACAAGACCUCCAUCCUCCUGUCCGCCAACGACAACGCCGACGCCUCCACCCUCGCCGCCAAGAAGAACGGUGGCUCCACCGCCGCCAACCUCUCCGCCCAGCGCGCCGGCCUCCUCGCGGGACUGCACGCGAGGAUCCUCGUCGUCUCCGUCUCCGAGAGCUCCCCGGCCCAGUACAUCCCCACAAUGAACGCCGUCUUCGCCGCCAGCCACGCCGGCAUCCCCAUCGACAUCCUCUCCCUGCACGGCAGCGCCACCUUCCUCCAGCAGGCGAGCUACAUCACCCGCGGCACCUUCAUGGAGGCCGCCAGCCCCCAGGGCCUGCUGACCUACCUGCUCUUCGGCUUCGCCUCCUCCAUCUCCUCGGCCAAGGCGGUCAUGACGACGACGUCAAACACCGGCGGCUCCACCAAGCACGACGGCGACGACGACCACGGCGGCGGCGGCGGCGGGGGUGGCGGCGCGGGCAUGAACCAGCUGGUCAGCCCGUCGACGGUGAGCGUCGACUUCCGCGCCGCCUGCUUCUGCCACCGCAAGGUCAUCGACACGGGCUUUGUCUGCAGCAUCUGCCUGUCCAUCUUCUGCGAGGUGCCGCAGGACGCAGAGUGCCUCACGUGCGGCAACAGGCUAGCACUCGGCACGUACGGCGCACGCCCAGCCGUGGUGCCGCGCAAGAAGAAGAAGAAGAGGAAGCUCGGGCUCAACGGGGAGCCCGUCGGCAGCGAACAGCCCAGUAGCGCCGUGGGCACGCCGAGGCCGGGCUGAGCUGGGGGGGUCUUGUAUCGUCCAAGAUGGAGCUUAGUCUUUCUAGGAGCUUGGGGAUGCUUGCCCCCUGACGCCAGCAAGUAGUGCGCUGGAUAGCCGGUGCGACAGCUUGCCUGGUAGCGAUGAAACGAAGCAUGAGAGUAUCUGAAAAAAGACGAAAGAGAGUCGCUCGUAAAUGAUCCUGGGCAGACGGGGAAUCACCCUACAGUCCAGUUUAGCGACCGGGAUUAGCCAGCUCUCCAGCUGGCAAGAGUGGCUGCUAGAAUGGACAGCCAAGAAGAGACGAAAGGAAGAGUACCACCAAGACACCAUGGUGAGUCUUAUCAAAUAAGAUACCCCAGCGGACCAGGUAGUCCCGCGUGUGAUGGGAAAGGAUAUGAUGGAUAUCCAAUUGACCAUGCGAAGUAUGUAUGAUGGACGGGAAAAGAAGAGAUAUAGGACGUGAUAGAAAGAAACAGCACAGCGCCCAUGCCCAUAACUGAUUGGGGACCUGCAUCUCCAGGAAUAAAUACCCUUUGACGAGGUCUUGAAAGCGCCCUCGAGCCAAA